UUUUGGCCCGAAAAAGACUCGGUCGGACCGGCCCGAUAAAAAUGACACGAAACCCCCAACCCUAUUCCCUAAUUUUAAACAAACAAACUUGAACUCGAAAAACUUUGUUUUAAUUUUGACGUUUUCUCCUCACAAAAUUUAUUAAAAUCGUUGAAAAUACUUCCAAAAGUAUAAACCAUUUUUUAAAAUUUGUAAGAUAUUCUCGGGUAUUUUUGAAUGGUUUUGGAGAUUUGGCAAAUUAAAAAACCUUUCCGAACCUCUCACUCAUCCCUCUCUUAUUUCCACCCACUUAACUUUUUUCCUUCUUCCUUGAAAGUUUAGGACAGCAAUCUCAUCAUAACAUUUUUGAAGGUGUCAAAUACAGCGAAGAGACAUAACAUGGAAUUAAGGCACUCCUUUAUACGAAAAUGGCACUUGAAAAAAUUGAAAACUAAAUUAAAACAAAAAUAUGAAAAAAAUAAAAUUUUAAAGUUAAUUCUAAAGUUAAUAAAUAUUAUAAAAUUUCUGAAAACGAUAUGGCAGAAUUAUAAUCUUAUUUUAUUCAGAAAGAAAAGUAAAAUUCGAAAAAUUCUAGAAAGAAGAAAGACAGAUUUUAAGGUUGGGAAAAGGAUUUAUAUAAAUUGGUGGAAAUAUAAAAUAUAAAUUGGAAAAUAUAAUUGUAAUAUAGAUAAAUGAGUAAUAAUAAAUGGUAAAUAAUUAAUUUAUAAUUAAUACGGAUAUGCCUACCCUCCACAUGAAAAUGGUCCCCAUUUUAAGUCUGAUGAAUAAAGUUUUUUGGUGUUUCUUUUUCUUUUUGCAGAUUCUUUCUUUUAUUUAAAAAAAUCAAGUAAUGAUUGUUCUUUGUUGCUUUCCUUCUUUUUAAGUUAUUUAUUUCCUUCUUUAGAAUUUUAUUCUCUUAUCCCUUUUUUAUUAUUUUACUUUUCGCUUUAUUUUUUGAAGUCGAUCAAAAAUUUACAGAGUAAAAGGGGGAGGGGGAGCACAUGUACAGAAGUCGGCAUCGAUGACAAAGUCGUGCUUGUUGUCCACUUCUACGGCUUGGUGAUGUCUAUCCAAAUCCAAAGCUGGCGAACUCACUUGACGGUGCUCCUUGACCUGCGUAAAAACAGAUUACUUGACCGUACUUGUGAAACGAGCCCACAAAACCAUGAUUAAGUCCAACAUAGUUCGAGUUUGUUCUGGAUUGCUGGCCGAAAAUGAUGUUGGGUCCUGAACCAUCGGAUCAAUUUGUGUAUCAGUAUCAGUGGCAUGUUAUUGCAAGGGAGGUUAAUCGGUGUCUGCCCAGUAAGUCUGUCCAUUUCUACUGCAGUUCUCCCAGGAGUUAGGCAUUUGUUGUGUGCAAUGUUUGUUGUGCGCACCUGCUAUCAGCAAUUUGCUUAGUUUGGGGUAGUUUGUUAAUGUUGAUAAAAAUUAGGCGAAACUUGCUUGUCCUUCUUCGUCACAAACAAUUUUGGUAGUCUCUUCAAACAAAUCUCCAAUUCGCUCAGCCAGAGACAAGGUAGAGUAAACAAUGCAGCGCUUUUUCCAUUGAAAGUAAAAUUUGGGCUACCUUAUUUUCAUUGGCCGUGCGAAGGGAAAUUCAGCAGGCUCGGAAUAUUGAUAACGGUGCUCCUUGACCUGCGUAAAAACAGAUUACUUGACCGUACUUGUGAAAAAAACAAUAAAUAUUAUAAA